UUGCAACCCCAUUUCAAGAUUUUGUCUUUACACAAACCCCAUUAUCAAAAAGUUCAUUUUUUUUUCAAGAAAAUGAGACCAACUACAGUAUUUGGUGGAUUGUUUCUUGUUUUAGCAGUGUAUUGUGGAUUAGACCCUUUUAAACACAGUGCAAUUUCUGAGUUUCCAAAUUUUGAGUCUUUUAAGGUUGAGAUGCCAGCUUGGUCUGAAAUACCAGUUGAAAAAGAUUCACAAAAUUUGCUUCAAAAAUCUGAAAUUAAGUUCUUGAAUCAAAUUCAAGGACCAGAAAGUAUUGCUUUUGAUUCUAAAGGUAGAGGACCUUAUACAGGUAUAGCUGAUGGUAGAGUUGUGUUUUGGGAUGGUGAAAAAUGGAAUGAUUUUGCUUAUACAUCAGCUAAUAGGUCAGGCUUAUGCGAUCCAAAACCAUCACCCUUGGACUAUUUGAAGAACGAGCACAUCUGUGGUAGGCCAUUGGGUUUACGAUUUGACAAAAGAACAGGUGACUUAUAUAUUGCAGAUGCAUAUUUUGGGUUGAUGAAGGUAGGCCCUGAAGGUGGAUUAGCAGAAUCUUUGACAACUGAGGCUGAAGGAGUGCCUUUAGGAUUCGCAAAUGACUUGGAUGUUGAUGAUGAAGGGAAUGUUUAUUUUACGGAUAGCAGCACAAUGUACCAACGCAGAAAUUUUAUUCAGCUGGUUUUCUCAGCAGAAGAUAGUGGGAGGGUUCUCAAAUACAAUCCUAGGACAAAAGAAACCACUGUUCUUAUUCGCAACCUUCAAUUUCCAAAUGGAAUCUCACUUAGCAAGGAUGGUUCCUUCUUUAUAUUUUGUGAAGGUUCCAAGGGCAGGUUGCGGAAAUACUGGCUGAGAGGUGAGAAAGCCGGUACAUCAGAAGUAAUAGCAAUCCUCCCAGGAUAUCCAGACAACGUGAGGGCAAAUGAAAAGAAUGAGUUUUGGGUAGCAAUCCACUGUCGCCGAACCAUUUACAGUUACAUAAAUGCCAUAUACCCACAACUCCGUCAAUUCUUGCUGAAGCUUCCUGUCUCUGCAAAGCUCCAAUACCUCAUGCACAUUGGUGGCCGGUUCCAUGCAGUUGUUGCGAAGUACAGUCCCGAGGGGAAGCUCUUGCAGAUAUUGGAAGAUCGACAGGGGAAAGUCGUUAGAGCUGUCAGCGAGGUAGAGGAGAGGGAAGGGAAGCUUUGGAUGGGAAGUGUUCUGAUGUCUUUCAUAUCGGUUUACCAACUAGAAUGA